AUGCCCCGGCACGCACCCCCCUCCACGUCCUCCCCAACAGACGUAAUCCUGCCCAUGCGCGACCCGUACAUGUCACAGAUCCUCUCUGGCGCCAAGAACCACGAGUUCCGCAAAUACCGGCUGUCGGCACGCGUCGCACGGAUCUGGUUCUACCGGACGGCGCCACACUCGGCUCUGACACACAUCUGCAGCAUCGCUCCCGGAGGCGCGCGGACGCGGGUGGCGGGGGUCGACGCGCCACUGGCAGAGGACGGGCUCGGCAACGCCGAGUUCAAUGCCCGGCACGCGGGCUGGGAGGGGUACGAUUUUGCUUACCGGAUUCUGAGCGUGUGGGAGCUGCGGACGCCGGUGCCGCUGGCCGAGCUGCGCGCCAAGUACGGCUUCCGUGCGGCGCCGCGCGGGCUCGUGUAUCUGCCGCGGUCUGUGGCCCAGCGUGUGGUCUGGCACCGGCAGAAGCUCGUCAUUAGGGACGAGAGCCAGGAGACGUCGCGUGAAUCCUCUCUCCGUGCCGAUUCUGCCACUCCAACUUGA